UUCAAAUACUUGAGAUUGCCUGAUGCUGUUCUUGUUAAUACCAAAAUGGCUUUAAAUACAGGGCCACCAGUAUUUGGACCAUAUUAUGAAAACCAUGGUUACCAACUGGAAAAUUAUCCUCCAGGACACCUUGUGAAUAGUAAUGCUUAUGUACCUUACCCAGCUUCAUAUUGUCCUUCAGCAGUGCCACAGUACAUCCCAAGAGUUCUUACUCAUACUUCAACACCAGCAGCAGUCCAUUUACAACCUAAAUCUUCAUCUGGGAUAGUGUUUACUUCAAGAACUAAGAAAGCAGUAUGUGUCGCCAUUAGCAUUGGAGUAAUACUAGUUGGUGCUGUUAUUGCAACUGUUUUUCUCUGGAAGUUUGUGAAAAAUAGCUGCCCAAAUUCUGGAAUAGAAUGUGGAACCUCAGGAACUUGUAUUAGUCCAACUAACUGGUGCGAUGGAAUAUCACAUUGUCCCAGUGGUGAAGAUGAGAACCACUGUGUUCGCCUCUAUGGACCAAAAUUUAUCCUUCAGAUUUACUCAUCUCAUAACAAAUCCUGGUAUCCUGUGUGCCAAGAUGAUUGGAAUGAUAACUAUGGGAGGAUAGCAUGCAAAGACAUGGGGUAUAACAUGAAUAGUUUCUACUCCAGUCAAGGAAUAAUAGAUGAUAGUGGCGCCACAAGCUAUAUGAAGUUGAACCUGAGUGCUGGAAAUGUAGAUUUAUAUGAAAAACUCUACAACAGUAAUGUCUGUUUCUCAAGAACAGUGGUUUCUCUCCGAUGCAUAGAAUGUGGCACAGUGAUGAAGGUGAAUCGAUUGAACCGGAUUGUAGGUGGGACAAAUGCUGCUCCAGGAGAAUGGCCAUGGCAAGUCAGCCUUCAUGUUCAAGGUGUCCAUGUCUGUGGUGGCUCUAUUAUCACUCCAGAAUGGAUUGUAACAGCAGCUCAUUGCGUGGAAGAACCUCUUUCCAAUCCCCGGUAUUGGACAGCUUUUGCAGGAAUUUUGAGGCAGUCUGUGAUGUUCUAUGGAAGUGGAUAUAAAGUGCAAAAAAUAAUUUCUCAUCCAAGUUAUGAUUCUAAUACCAAGAACAAUGAUGUUGCUCUCAUAAAGUUGCAAACACCAUUCACAUUUAAUGACAAAAUAAGACCAGUAUGUUUGCCUAAUCCAGGAAUGAUGUUUGAACCCACUCAGUCAUGCUGGAUAUCAGGAUGGGGUUCAACCCAUGAAAAAGGUAAAACUUCAGACAUCUUGAAUGCAGUUAUGGUGCCCAUAAUAGAACCUUGGAAAUGUAAUAGCCGGUAUGUCUACAAUAACAUGAUUACUCCUGCCAUGAUUUGUGCUGGUUAUCUCAGAGGGAAAAUUGAUUCCUGCCAGGGUGAUAGUGGGGGUCCUUUAGUUACUGAGAAAAAUUCAGUAUGGUGGUUAGUUGGUGAUACAAGCUGGGGAUCUGGAUGUGCCAAGGCAAACAGACCUGGAGUUUAUGGAAACCUGACAGUAUUUACAGAUUGGAUUUACCAACAAAUGCAGGCAAACAAGUGAUUUUUACAUCUUCAAUCUUUGAAAAUGAUCAGCAAGUUAUCCAAGAGAUGGAUUCUCUGUAUGUUAUACAUUGCUAGAGUAAUUCAUAGGUUCUUUAGUUUUUGUUAAAAAGUAAAUUCAACCAUCUUUUUGUACUUUUCAUAGUUCUGUGCAGGUUACAGUAACUUCUUAGAUUUCUGAUUUGUCUUAAAUAAAUGCCUAAUAUUUCUUAGAGUAUAGACUUAUGAAUUAAACCAGAAUGGUUCGUCAGUAUGUGGUUUGUGUUUGAAAUUGAGAAAAUCACUUGAGUAUUGCACAGUAGCACAAUUCUUUUUCUGAGAAUUUUGGUUCUAUAAAACACUAGUGAUUUAACUUAAAAUAUUGAUUAGAACCACUCACCUGCUGACUGAAUUGAGAUGGAAAAUGAUGCAGGGGAGGAAAGGUAAGUCUUCCUGGGAAAGAAUAAUUUCAGAGUACCCCAGCAGUACAUUUACAUGAAGCCUAAUAGCUUUCUCAAGAGGUGCUUUUUGAUUUUUUCCCUUUUGAGUAGCAUUGUGCAGUGAAUGAUUAAUCUAAGUUCUUUUUGGGUGCUGGUCCACUUCAGGUUCAUGUAUUGCUGAGUGGUCAUUUGAAUAGGAAUUGUUUUCCUAACUCUCCUCAACUUGUUUGCCAUUACGCCCGUUUUUUGGAAAUUUCAUAGACUUCCCUCUAUAAAGGUUUGCUAUGUUGGUUCUCUUUGUGCACACUGAUCAUGUAGAAACUGAAGGCAUCUGGGGGAAAAUCAGGGAUGUAUGAUUUUAAUUAUAGUGUUUUCAUGCAGUUUUCUAUGUAUUACUACCUCUGUGUUAAUUUGUUUUGACUUUUGAAGCCUUAAACUAUUAUAUUAAUAUUUGACGAUUUGGAGAUAUUAUAUUGAUGAAAUCUGAGAAGUAAAUAUUUGAAAUAUUCUGCAGAGAUUGAUGGAUUUAUAUUGGUAAAAUGUAUGACACUAACUUCUAGAGUUUUCCAAAUAAAUGGUGCUGCUUCAGAUUGGCAAAGAUGACAAAAAAUAAAAUGAUGGUUAUUGGAGGGACACAGAACGGUUAUACUAAGCCAAUGUUGAUGGAGUUUUGAACUGUUAUUGCUUUACUGGAAAAUAAUUUAGAAUUCUUAUCACCAAAACUCUUAAGGUAAACAUAUACAUUAUCCCAGUAAUACCAUUACUAGCCAGGCUUAUAUACCAAAGAGGGAAACAUAUAUUAAAGAGUGUUUAUAGCAGCAAAUUCAUUUUCAGAUAUGGCCAACAUGGGUGUUUUUUCUUGACCAUGCUCAUUAGGUAGAAGGAAAUGUUUUCAAUAAGUUAUUGGGUUGGAGGGAUGACAGUGAAGCAAGAAAAAAAUUAAUGAGAGGAACAUCAAUGAAGUAUUUUUUGAAAGUGGAGAUUCCUAGAGAAACACGAAUGCUGAAUAAAUUUUAUAUCUAAAAAAAAAAAAAGCUGUAUUUAACUAAGAUUCAUGGUUUCAUGUACAGUUCAGUCCACUUUUUUCUGUUUUGUUUUUAACAUGAAAAUUCAUAUUUACUGGUGUUUGAAAAGUUCAGAAUAACAAAACAUAUUAUAAAUGGUGCUGUAUUUGUGAAAGAGGAGAUAAAAUUUUUUUUAAACCAAAAAUGAUUGUAUCAUAUAUUUCUUGUAUCAACACUUCCUUGACCUUCACUUCUCCACUUCCUUCCUGGAUACCCUGAUUCCAAGGACUUUGAGUGAUUCUAACACUAUUGUACAUCAUAAAAUAGAAACUCAUGGAUUUUAUAUUCAUCUUUGCCUUUGGCAAUACUUUACAAAUGUUCCUUGGAAAUUUCCAAACAGCAUCAGGUACCACAUGAUAUCAGUCACUUGAGCCUAAUUUCUAAAAGAUAAAUAUAACAAUUUUUUUCCUGAUACUUGGUUACAAAACCAAUAGUUGUCUCAUUUUGUAUAAUUUUAAACAACUGUAAAAUUAAAUUGCAUAUUAUCUUGCAAAUAAAUUUUACUUUUUCCUCCCAGA